AUGACGCGCGACUCAACCGCGACCUACUUGCACAUGCACCACUCGCACCACGCCGACCUGCUCGAGCAAUUCACCAAUCUCACCUCUUCGCAGCUGGCGCCCGAGGACAUCUACAUUCCCGCGUACCUGCAGCCUGUCAAUCCCGAAGACGAAGAUGAUGUCGUGCCCGAUCAACACGCCGCCUUUGGGAUACAGAGGGCGACGCAGACCAGAAAGGAGCCGACAUGGCGCGAUCUGGGUCUUGAAGAGCUUCUCCGACGUGGCCCUGGUGAUGGUCUACAUCUGGCCCAGAGCGACAGUGGUGCGGCUGGUGGAGGCACUGGUGUGCGUGUAGGCGGACUGGUCAGCGCCAGGCCCAGUGAACCGGUGAGACUGGCGCUGAGCAGGCAGCCAGGAGCCCGGGGAACAGAGCAGAGGCAUACGCAAAGACCGAACCCAGUACAGACUCCUGGAACUUCUGGGCCUGGUCGUGGCCUUCCUCGAUAG